AUGCUCAGCUUGGUGUUCGGGACCACUACCGUCCUUAUCUCCGGAUUUUUCAUCUUGUUCAUUGUGACCCCUGAGCACCAGAAGACCUCUCAAUUCUCACUUUUCAUUCAUGCGAUGUCUAUAUGGCUCUUUCUGGUUUUCUCUUUCCUUAAAAAGGUGUGGGACGACGAUUUCUACGCUGAGGAGAGAUCUCAGAUGUCGGAGGCGAAACACCGUAUGUUCUAUGCUUGGGGUGUCGUUGGAUUGAUACUUUGUGCAAUCUUGGAGCAAGUUUCGAUUUGGUGGAUGAAUUUUUGUUUUGAGGCGAGUAUAAAUGUCAGAAUCGGAUUCAGCAUGGUCGAUUACCCCAGUGUACUUAUUUUGAAGCAUUUUGGAGAUGUGUCGUAG